AAAAAAAAGAAGAGUAAUGUCAGGUCUUUAUCAAAACAAAUAACAAACUUUUUUAAAAUAAUUUUAUUAAUAAUUAUUAUUAGAUAUAAUUUGUUAUUAACUUAAGCAAAGUGCUGUGGCUGUUCUGUAAAGGUGACAACUCACCCACCUACAAUGUCCGAUUACGAUAAAUACAAACCAGGAAAAUUGAAAUUGAAAGGAGAAAAACAUAAAUCAAAAAAACGCAAACACAAAAGCAAGCGAGAAGCAGAAGACAAGCCCAAAAUCGACCAGGAUACAUUGAAGCAUGGCAGUUGGUGGAAAAUUUCAAAAGUUGAAGACAUAACCGGACCUGUUGCUAUCGAAUUUGGAUCACAUGUUUAUGUCAAGGCACUGGACAAUGGUUUGUUUACUCUGGGUGCACCUCAUGACGAAGGCGACGGUCCAUCACCAGAAGAAAUUCUAACUGGCGUUUGCAUAAGUGAAAGAAAAAUUGCUUUUAAAUCCGGUUACAACAAGUAUCUUAGAGUAGAUAAAGAUGGGAUGGUUACGGGUAGGUCUGAUGCUAUUGGACCAAUGGAACAGUGGGAACCUGUGAUAGAAGAUGGCAAAAUGGCCUUACUAGGCUGGAAUGAAUGUUUCAUGUCAGCAGAUGAUGAAGAUUCAAUAAUAGCAAAAGCUAAAAAAGCUGGCUCAGAUCACUUCUUAACCAUAAGAUCUCAUACAUUCAAGGAGGUUAACCAUUUGAAGGAUGUGCCUGAAGAAGAACAGGGUAAUCUUAAGCAAGUUGAAAUAAAUUAUGUGAAAAAGUUCCAAAAGUUUCAAGACAAACGUCUCAGGCUAUGUGACGAUGGCAAGGAGCAAUUAAAAAAAGCAAAAGAUGAAGGAACCUUUCACGAAACUUUGCUGGAUCGCAGGAGCAAAAUGAAAGCGGACAGAUAUUGCAAAUAAAACAUAUUCUUACUUUUGGAAUUACUUUUAAUAUAUUUACUAACAAAAUAAAAUUUACAACUGUUUAAAACAAGUAAGUAGUGUGUACUUGAUUUCUAAUUAUUUUUUUUUUUUAUGUUGAGUGAAAAUUAUUUAUGCUAGAAUGAAAAUAAAUUAUUACCUAAUCAAUGAAAACAUAAGACUACAUUUUUUCUUUUUGUGUAAUGUAAAUUAAAAAUAAAUUAUAGUGGAAAUUCUUCAAUUGUUCUACAAUUAUUAUUAGAGCUCAAUGAUUGGCAGGGGGAAAGGAAGUAAAAAAUAAAUCCACCUUACUAUAAUUUCAAAAAAAAAAAAAAAUGCAAAAAAUCAUCAAUGCAGUCACAGCAAAUUAUGUUACUAAAAUUAUAGUAAGAUAUAUUCAUCAACAAAAAUUAAAUUACAUACAAAGUGAUUUAUAUUACUUCGCCUCGCCGAAUCUCAACUGAUGUCGCUUUUGGAUCGCGCCCCUUUCAGCCAUUCCACGAAUUCGUCCAACAUUACUGGCCAAGCGCCGUCCACAUCGUAGUUGGUAAGAUCGUCGCAAAUGGUUUUGGAAAAUUCCAGUAUGUUGCACCACUGGUCUUUGUUGAUCACUUUGUACUUGGACUGGUCGAGGAAUUGGCUAAAUUGUGUGAAGAGCUCCCACUGUUUGCCCAAUAACAAUUGGAGCAUGGCUUUGGCCGUUUCCAUAUCCAUACUUCGUUGAUCU